AUGUUAACUGCUCAUUCCUUAAAGUCCCAUAAUUCUUGUGCUGAGGAGAAGCUGGUUUGGAGUUUCAUACAAAUACUACUUAUGAUAAACUACAGAGCAAGAUUCACUAAUGUGAAAGAUACCAAUGAACAGCAUCACACACAACAAACAGACAGUGAAUCAUCUGAAGACAACAGUGAUAUUUUGAAAGCAAUGUCUUAUUCUAAUAAAGGAACAGGCUAUUCUGAGCGAAUCCACCCGAUGGAUGUUCAGAUGGCGGUGUUUCAUUGUGCUGAUGGUUUCCUGAAGCAGCUGAUGGUGACUAAACUGUCCCAGUGUCAGUACGCUCUGCUUCUGCUUGUUCCUGAUCCAGUCACAAAACAGAUUGAGUUUCCUCUCUGGACAUUCAGACAAAUCAACAAGAGCUGGAAGACGAGAAACACCAACAUUGAGACCAUCAGUCAAACCCAGCCGAUCUACAAGACACAAACUCCUAUGGUGUUUUUCUUCAGGUUUGGCUCUGUGUCUUCAUCCAAGUCUCAGCUGAUGAACAGUUUGAUCAAUGAGAAACACAACACGUUCUUCCACAGGAACUGUCCAGGCAGCAGCAGAACCAGAGUCCUGAUGGAUGGAGUGGUGGAGAUCGCCUGGUUCUGCCCCUCUGGGAAAAACACAGAUCAAUUCACUGACUGUGUUGCAUUCUGUAAUCUACACGGUGAUUCAGGAGACCAUGAGAAACAGUUGCAGAUCCUCACUGAAAUGGCCUCAGUCAUUGUUGUUCUUUUGCCACGACUGGACAGGAAUGACAGAAGUGCAGCAAUGAUGAAUAACAUGUUUGGAAACAAAAAGCCACUCAUUUGUCUUUUUACGGAGGAUGAAUCUACUGUAACUGAGGUGAAGAAAGGGAAAUUCAAAAUCGGUUUGAAAGACAGAAAUCAGUCAGAUGUGUCUGAAGAACUUAGAAGAACUAUAAAUGAGUGUCUCUCAGAAACAUCUUCCACUUUCAGACUUGAAGAUGUGUCCAAGCACUCAGAUAUCAGAGUAGAUGAGGAAGAUGAUGACUGCAGGAGAGGAAGAGCAGCAGCACAGCAGAUGAUGAGUUUACUGGAGAAUAAAGAUCUGACAGAAAUCAAGGAAUUAUUUCUGCCUCAUCAGGGGAAACUGUGGCAUCAGUGGAGUCAGAAGAACAAAGAACUACAUCGACAUCGAGGAGAAGAAACAGAAAAGGAAAUAAGCAGAAAACAUACAGAACUACAGGAAAUCCGUGAACACCAGCAUAAAUUUAAAAUCAGCAAAUUUAUGAAGUUCUUUAUAAAAAAAAUUAAUUCAGAAGCUAUAAAUGAGAUGUAUUUCUUAAAGUGGCUCAGAAUCCUCCUGGAUGAACACAGAUCAGCUGACCUUUCUGCUCUACAUCACAAGUGGUCAGCAGUUGUAAAACCGAAAGAGAGUCAUGAUGAAUCUGAACAACUCCUAGCUGGACUAAAUGAACUUGAGAAGAUAUCUGAGAAGCUUCAAGCUACAGCCUUUGGUUUGGAGCACAUCAUGAGGGAGAUUGGUCAGAUCUAUGAAUCAUGUUCAUCUGUGAAGAAGAACAAGAAAGAUCUGCAGGUUCACUUCUCUUCUCUCCCGAGUCUUGCAGCACAGAUGAUGAUCUCUGGAUUUCCCCUGGAGCUGAUGGAUGGAGAUGCUGCUCAUGUUCAUGUGAUCUGGAUCUCUGCUGUUCUAGAUCAACUCGUCCAGAAACUGGGAGACCAGCGAGUCUUUGUGCUGUCAGUUUUAGGGAUUCAGAGCUCUGGGAAAUCCACCAUGCUGAACGCUAUGUUUGGACUUGAGUUUGCCAUCAGUGCAGGCAGGUGCACCAGAGGAGCUUUCAUGCAGCUGGUCAGAGUCUCAGACGCGAUCAAAACACAGAUGAAGAUUGACUUCAUUCUGGUUGUUGAUACUGAGGGUCUUUGUGCUCCAGAACUGGCUGGAAGAUCAACAAGACAUCAUGAUAAUGAAUUGGCCACAUUUGUUGUAGGUCUUGCAAAUCUGACCUUGAUCAACAUCUUUGGAGAAAACCUGUCUGAGAUGCAGGACAUUCUUCAGAUUGUUGUUCAGGCCUUCCUGAGGAUGAAGAAGGUCAGACUGAAUCCCAGCUGUGUGUUUGUGCAUCAGAACGUUUCAGACGUCACAGCUGAAGAGAAAAAGAUGGAGGGAAGGAGACGACUGCAGGAGACACUGGAUGAGAUGACAAAACUCGCUGCUAAAGAUGAAGUCUGUGAUGCAGAAUGUUUCAGUGAUGUCAUUAGAUUUGAUGUUCAGAAAGAUGUGAAGUAUUUUGCUCAGCUCUGGGAGGGCAGCCCACCAAUGGCACCACCAAACCCAAACUACUGUGAGAACAUUCAAGAACUAAAGGAAUCUGUUAUUUCUAAUGCUGCAAAAUCAGAUGGAAUUAGGCUGAUAGAUUUAAAAGAUUGUAUUAAAGAUCUCUGGGAGGCUUUACUGAAUGAAAGAUUCGUCUUCAGCUUCAGAAAUUCCCUGGAGAUUUCAGCUUACAGGAAACGAGAAUACAACAAUUCGUCCUGGAGCCUUCACAGUGCCAUGAUGGAAACUGAUAACAAACUAGCCAACAAAACAGAAAAUGAAGCAAUUCAUGAGGUUGAGGAAACUGAUCUUCAAGAAGAACUGAAGGAUACAAGUGAAGAAGUUAAAAAAUAUACAUUCGAAUUCUUUGAGAAAGACAAAUAUAAACAUAUACUGAUUCAGCAGAAAAAAUCAUUGGACAUCAAAAUAAAAGAUGUUCAGGAAAACAUUGUGAGAGAAAGAAAGAGGAAAUUAAAUGAGACUCAUGUAAACACCCUGCAUGAAAAGAGCAGAGAUCUUGCCUUGAAACCUAAAAACAGAGAAAAUUAUGAAGAAACACUGAAGAAAGAGUUUGAUUUGUUUUGGAAACAGUAUCUGAAUAAGAUCAUCACAGACACUCCUGCAAUCAAAGACGUUGACAUAAUGAGAGAUGUGAAACUCCUCCUCGAUGAUGUCUAUGAAAGUGCUCCUGUAGAUCACUGGAGGGAGAGCAGGGAUAUUUUUACUGUGACCAGUUAUGCAGAUUAUGUACAGUUAAAGAAAUACUUUGGAUUGAAAGGAGCUAUAAAAAAUGCUUUCAGAUCAGCAAAAGAGAUAUUGGGGAAAAUUUUAUCUCUGGAGGAUGAAUCCCAAAUACGUUUAUUAGUCACAGACAUUUUGCUGAAGACAGAAAAACUGAUUCAGUCAUUUAACAUUUCAGAAAUGGGCUACAACAUCAGCAGCAUUCAAAUACUCAUAGGUUACAUCAAGGCAAGAGUAACAGGCCAUCAGGAAGGACAAGGGAAAUAUGUCUUCAAGAAUGCAUUCGUCAAAGAUUUGGUUCUUUCCAUCUUUAAGAGAGCAAACAAGAUGAUCACUGACCAACACAGGCUGUUCAGGGAAGCUAAUGAUCCUGUCAUAUAUGUUGAGAGGAAGAGAGAAGAGUACAAUAGUAUUUUUCAGAUAUUCUGUCAUGAAGCAACAUCAACUGCCGUUUUUGGUGAGUUUAUCUGUCAGAAACUGAAAGAGCCCAUUGAGCAGAGUGUCUACAUGAAGACUGCUAGAGAUCUGACAUAUGAAAUGAGAUCAAACUGUGAAUCACUGAAUGGAAACAGAUCGAAACUGGAGAAACACGUCCUGAAGACACUGGCAGAAGAGGAGGACUUUGACAAAUACAUGAACUACAUUCAUAAUCCCAGAGAUCACUUCAAGAGUAUCAUCAGAGAUAAAGUCAGUCAGUACAUCACUGAUCAGUUCAGUGACAGUGUUUUACCCAAGAUGAAGGAGAACACUGAACUCCUGCAGCAGAAGAUCUUGGAAGCAGCUCAUCACUCUACUGAACAUGUUCAAGAGAAGAGAGGAGAUGCUGAUUUGUGGUUGAAGAGUUUCACACAACAGCUCUCAGAUGAGCUGGUCUUCUCUGAAGAAGACCUCUGCGGAGUCAAACAUGGUCAUAUUGAUGUUGAUUUCAAAUUCCUAGAAGACGUGAUAAGAAAAGAACUAAGUACCAUAACAUCUAACAUCCACAAAGCUAAUAUAUCCAAUAAAAAAAUGGACUUCAGGUUCAGGCCAGAUGAGCUUCUGAUUGAUCACUUCUGUCAUUGCUGUUGGGUUCAGUGUCCGUUCUGUGGAGCCACCUGCACCAACACCAUAGAAAACCAUGAUGGAGAUCACAGUGUUGCUUUCCACAGAGUCAUUGGAAUUAAAGGACACCGUUGCUUUCUAUCACAGAAUUUCUGUGUGGAUAUUUGCACAAAUUUAGUGGCAAGUGAUAAAGACUUUCUUACAUUAGAUGGAUUGUAUCCAUAUAAUGAAUACAGAAAAGCAGGAGGAGUUUAUGCGAAGUGGAGCAUCACUCCUGACUGCUUUGAACUGCCUUACUGGAAGUGGUUUGUUUGCAGAUUUCAGAAAGAUCUGGAAAAUCACUACAAGAAAGAAAUUUUGGCAAAGGGUGAGAUUCCAAAUCAAUGGAAAAAGCUCAGAAAACAGGAUGCCAUUGAGAGUUUGGAUAAAUACUUUUAAAA